CUUACUCUUUACGAAUUGACGGAAUUUCACUUUUACGAGCUUUUGAUACGAAUUCCCUAUAUUUCGCAUUCACAUUAGCAUCAAUGACGUCUGAAGCAUCAAAAGCCGUUCCUUUAACCUGCCAUGGCCACUCGCGGCCUGUCACUCACCUCAGCUUCUCCUCAGUCGUGGACGACGAUCAAUACUACCUUGUCUCAGCAUGCAAAGAUAACAACCCGAUGCUUCGCGAUGGCAUAACAGGCGAUUGGAUCGGAACAUUCAUGGGCCACAAAGGAGCCGUCUGGCAAGCUCGUCUUUCCGGAGAUGCUUCUCUUGCAGCUACAGGAUCAGCAGACUUCUCAGCCAAGGUGUGGAACACUUACACUGGCGAAACCCUCCAUACUUUCCAACACGCACACAUCGUUCGAUCCGUCGCAUUCCCAACACAAGCCCGUCCCCAAUUCCUAGCCACCGGUGGCGCCGAGAAGAAACUUCGAAUCUUUGACCUGAACCGGAGCAGCAGUCCGGACGCCACAGGGUCCACCUCGGACGCAAGUUAUGAGAUAGGGCCGGGAGUAUACGGUGGCACAAUCAAAUCGAUCAUCUGGGGGUCCGAUUUCAAUAUUCUGGCUACGGCAUCUGACGACCGAAAGAUUCGAUGGUGGGAUCUGAGAUCGCGCACGCCUAUCCGGGGGUACGAGAUCGAAGGGUUAGUGGGCAGCUGCGAGCUCAACACUCCGCCGUUUGAGAGCAAUGCCCCUGGAGUGCUCAGCGUUGCGGCCGGAAAGACUGUCUACUUCUUCGAUGGAGCUGAUCCCGGCCGAUUGAUCAAGUCAGUCAAGCUCCCAUAUGAGGUCGUCAGCGUGGCGCUCCAUGGCGAGCAGAGAAAAUUCGUGACGGGCGGCAGCGGCGACACUUGGGUGCGAGCGUACGACUUUGACGACGAAAAAGAGCUGGACAUUUACAAGGGCCAUCACGGCCCCAUUUGGUCCGUUGCCUUCUCGCCAGAUGGCAAGCUCUGCGCCACUGGUAGUGAGGACGGAACUAUCAAGCUGUGGAAAUUCACAAAUACAUCAUACGGUCUGUGGAGGUAAUCUUAGACGAUAACCUUUCUCUGUCCGCCAUACAUAUUUCCGCCCCUUUCCUUUAGGUAUGAGGUGAUCCUUCGUCGUCGGGUCAUCCCAUAACUUGUUCGACAUUUGAGUUCCUUUGAAAAGAACCGAGAUGCUCUUUCUGCUGAUC